AUGAAGCGCGGAACCUCACGUCGAAAGAAGACCUCACAGACCUCGGAGCAGCCGCCGAACGCCGUGAAACCGGACUAUGGCCAACAGCCAGUGGGCUGCGGGGCCUACAACUACCCCAUGCCACCUUACGGGAUGUCAUAUCCACCCGGCUACCCGCCGGGCUAUCCGCCCGCAUAUCCCCCUCAAAUGAGUCAACCACAUAUCGGAUAUCCCAGCCCAUCGAACGUGUAUCGGCCGGCCCCGCAGCAAGGGCCCAUGCCCCAAUUUCGUCCGAAUCACUUGGCCCCUCCGGCCUACGAUUAUCCUCGCGCGCCCUCGCCUCGAAUCCAGACGCCCAGUACGAGUACGGCUAGUCCGCAGAUGUUCCGGGUACCCUCGCCUUCGCUUCGACAACCGCAACAACAAUACAUGCCGUCGUACCCAACACAUCCGGUAAUGACGGCCAGCCCAAGGCCACUCCAACAACAGCAGCCUAGUCCAAUUCCUAAUCAACCGUCCACUUCCAUGAGCUCUCAACAACAGCCUCGUUGGGGUAGAGAAUUCGAUUUUGAAACUUUAAAAAUAUUCCUGGGAAAAAAGAUUUUUGAUAUUGCACUUUCAUCUGUCAAAUCUGAGAUCCCGCCAACUUUUUUUGGGUUUUAUAGGCCAUCCAUUUUUUCUGGUCAUUAUUCCCCAAACACCCUCAGGGAUUACUUUGAAAGGGCAUUUCAUUAAUGUCUAAUUUUUCUUCGCCGCGCUGGUCAUCUGGUGUGUAAAAUAAUAUCCCGAUUACACAGUCACACACUCCGAUGUAAGGCCUCCCCAAUCCUCCAACCGGUUGUCCGGACAACCGCCCCGAGGCAUUAAGCACGAAACACCCGCUACUGUAGAAGGGCCGAGAUUGUUCGGCCGGGUUUUAAACAUCCAAAAAGUGGGGAAAUACGAAUGUCAUGCAAACCACGGCAAAGCGGGGAGAAUGUCAUGAAAUGUUAUCAACAAGAAAAGGUCAAGGGCCAUAACGGGACCUUCUAUCCUUGUGAUACAUCUUUCAUCUAAAAUACUUCUUUUUUCUCUAUAAUAGCGGAAGAAAAGAUAUUUUAAAGGUACAAAUGACAUUUUAGAGAGAAAAAAUAAAAAUAGAUGGCUCAAGUAAUACAAAUAUCAAUGCAAUCUAAUUUCAGCGCCAAACUACCCUCAACAUGGUCCCGCCGAAGGUCAACCACCUUAUUAUUAUCAACAACAGGGUCUCCCGCCUCCACCUCCCCAUCAUCCCGGGUAUCCGGGCUGGUCGGGCCAACCACUCCCGCCCGGCUAUUCUCAACACGGCUACCCGCCAGUUCGACCGCCAACCCAUCCCCCACCCGGCCAGGGCUACCCACCCGGCUAUGCACCACCUCAGUUCCCCCAAGCCCAACCUCAGCCACCCCCACCCCACAUCCAGGCCCCCAAACCCGAAGCGAUGGACCCACAGGCGGGCCCGGCCUCCACCGGCGACCAAUCCAGCCGCUCCACUCCCGCCCCACCACAUCAGACAAGUCGGCCGCCCUCCCAAGCCCACUACCAACCACCUUCGACACCCGACACCAGGCAGGAGGAACGACCGAGUUCGAGGCAGCCCGCCAAACUCGGACACACUCCGGUCCCGUCCAGUUCGGCGUCCAUGCCCGGCCCUGCUCAACCACCACCUCAAAUGUAAGCCUUUCAAUUCAUUUUCCAUAAUUUUUGGGAAGGUUUAUAUUAUACUAGGUAUUCUUAUCAAGAAUUUUAUAACUUCUCCCCCGAAAACCGCUUUAAUCAAACCAAACUUACGAAAAAAUAUGUUGCAUAACACUUUAUUCUCGACUAAAACAUAGACAAAAAUUCUGGAAUACACCCAAAAGAAAUGUACACGAAAAAUCCCGACGUUUUGACGAAAUGUCACAGAUUUAUUGAAAAAUUACUUCUGCAUAAUUUCCUUUCGAUGUGGCGUUUGAGACGGAGAGAAGGAGUCAUUUAUAGCUUCCACAAUGUUUAAUCCAAACCACCCUUUUUUUAAUAUACGUAAUAAUGGUUCUCCUGGGAGUCCAAACAUGUUCAUCAGGUAAAUUAAUGUAAAACGGUUGAAAUCUGUAGAAAUUUGAAUACAAUUUUAAAUAUUAAACAGUUUGUUUCUGUCGUCGGCUGCACUUUUUGGAAGAGUUUUCCCAAAAUUUUAUGUUUUUUGAAGUGUUGACCUUAUUUUAGGUAAUAAAUUUUGUUUCAGGCCCGUAAACCCGAUGAACAUGCCACAUACGAGCCAACCUUACUAUCCCCCAAAUGCAUAUCGACCCGUCCCCACAGCAAACAAGCCCCAAUAUCCCAUGGGCUACCCGGAUCCAUCUCAGGGCUUCCCGCCUCCCCAUCCCAACAUGUAUCCACCUUCAUCACAACAUCCGGGAAUGUGGCCGCCGAACUCGCAACCCGGUGUGCCACAGCCUCGUUUCCUGAACCCACACACUCCGCAGAUGCCGGGGAAGCCGCAACAGCAGGAGUUCCGAAGACCUCAGCCUCCCUCAACUUCGGCUGCACCUCCUCCACCUCAACCUCAACAAUACUACAUGCAAAACAACCAGCAGGGAAUGGCCAGUCCGAGUUCAGCUCAAAGACAACAGAGGGUAAGUGUUUUUCGUUGUUUUCUGGAGUUUAGGCAUCAAAAGUUUGAUCAUGAUCGAAAAGAAGAUUUUUGACGAGGAAAGUCUGAAAUAAUGUUUAUAAGAAGAAAGAGAUGAAUAUUCAGUCCAAAUUUUCCAUAGGUUCGCCAAGAAGUUUUUUGUCUUCGACUUCUUAAUCCAAGAAAUUUUGUAUAAAUUGACGUUGUCCCGAAGUGUAAAUCCUUGAUUUUAGGUACCCCCUCAAGUCCAACAGAUGCCUCCAGCCACCACAGCGUCUCAGCAAUACCAACCGCAUCCAAUGUCCCGUCAGAUGCAGCCUCAACAAGGUCAGAUGAACGCCUCUUUUCCACCCGGUUGUCUCGAGGCCAUUGCUACAGCAACAGCGAUGCGGCGGAAACGACCUCGUUCCUUUGCCCGAGAUAUCAAUGGAGCCACUCCGAAGCGUCUGACAAUGGCUUUGAGAUCAGGUCAAGAGCUGGAUACAAUCUGGGCGAUCAACGUUUUGACGGUUAUCUUGUACGACGACAUGGCUCAACCUCUGAUCCUCAGCUCGGAACCCCAACUUUUGGGCCUUUGCAUCGAACACUUCAAGGCUCUUUUGGCCGUUUUAUACCCUCAGGAGUUCAGUCUAACUGACAAUGCGAAGGACUUGGAAGUCUUUGAAGACUUUGUCGAAAAUGCCCCAAAUUCUCGGAAAAACUCGGUUGUCGAGAUGGGGAAAAUCAACGGAAAAGUGGAGAAGAAAUCGAGGAAGAACAGCACCGACUUCACUUUCGUCUCCCGAACUGGGCGAAAGGUUUAUGUGGAGAAGGAGGCCAAGAAACCCAUGAUUUUGGAUCGCCUGUGCAAGGAAUGGGAGGAUGAACAAGAGACUUCCAAAGAGAACAAGGCAUUGGAAGAGGGAAAAUUUGUCUCCGGAUUGUGUCACAGGAUAUAUAAGGGAAUCAUGACCAGGUUGCAAUGUAAACGAGGGCUGAAACGAAUGAGAUUCUCGAAACACGAUGUGAUCAAAGAAGAAGUUCAAGAUGGAGAAGAAGAAGAUGUCAAGGAGGAGAUGGAGGUGAGUCAAAUCUUUGAAAUUACUUUUUAUUUGAUUUUUAGAGAGACUUUAGAAUAGAAGGUAGUGAAAUUUGAAGUUUUUGGACAGGUUUUUGCGUUGAUGUCACGUAUAAUAUAACUGAUUUUUCAUUUUCGAUUUUUUCAGGAAGAAACAUUAUUCUAUCGUCAACCCAAGCCAAAUGAGACCUGGAAUCGCGAGAUCACCGCCGACCUCUCGCUCAUCCCCCGUGCGGCACCAUUGGUCAACCGGGAUGUUUGCUUGGAGGAGAUCGGAGACCGUCUUCUGGCCAUGUCCAACAUCAUCCGCGGGUUCUCCUUCUUCCCGGGCAACGAGAAGCUCAUGUACAACAACACCGAACUGCUCGACCUGAUUGGCCGUUUGUUAAUGUUGAAGGUCAAGCGGGACGAGCAGAGGAAUCUGGAGUCAGCGAAGCUAAAGGCCGAGAAGGAAGCCGAGGAAAAGGUGAAAAAAGAAGUCGAAGAGGACGAGAAGGGCGACAAAAAGGAACCAGAGAAGAAGUCGGCCCCAUCCGAAGAGGAUUCGGAUGAGAAGUUGCUCCUAGAGAUUGCGAAUCAGCUCCGCGAUGAUGCAUUCACAUUGCUGUCGCACAUCAGCGUUCAGCUCGAUCUCUACAACCAAAACAGCGACGUGACUUAUCGAUUAAUGGACGCAUUACUCCAUUGGGCCGUCACCACCAACAUCCAAGCCAAAGAUCCCAUCAACAACGCGGUUUACAGCCCAAAGUAAGCGUUUUCCGAUAUUAUACUUGGUCAAACAAUUUUUUUUUGAAAUUAUAUUAUUCUUCUGGAUUUUUUAAGAGAUUAUUGAAAGAGUAUAGAAAGAAUAUGAAAUUUUCCGUAUUUUACAAAUUUUUUUAGAUUGUAUGUGUUCGAAGUCAUCUGCAAAAUGUCACUUUUGGAGUCCAACAUUGAUCUCCUGUUGUCGACCGGACCUUGGCCCAGAAUCGAAGAGUUUGUACGAGUAGUUGCUAACAGCGUCACAAUGUCAGAGGAGCUUCCAUUGAGGUAAGAAGAGGAUUUGGAUAUUAUUUUAGAGCGACUUUUAAUUUUCUUUGUCUAACAUAAGGUUCAGAGCCCAAUUUUUUGAAUUUAUUUGAAGCUAGAUUGUUAGGAAAUGUUCUAGAAGUAGAGGUUGCACUUUUCUAACGCGUGACUGUUAGCCUUUCAAAAAACGAUAAGAUUUAUCGACCAAUUUCAUCAAUGAACUUUUUGAACAAAGAACAAUUACUGGAAAUGUUUUCAGAGAAUUUGCGAUUGUGAUCCUAACCGCGAUUUGCCAAGCCAGCGAACCGGCCUGCGUGGUGGCGACGCUCGAAACGGACGUCAUUCAGAACCUGGUCUCGUUCCUGGAGGCCGCCGAGUUCAACAUCACAACCAUCGCCACCACCGAAGGAGUGACGGUUCUGAGGGACAACCCGGAACGAAUGGGCACUUCCUUCGGCAUGCUUCGACGAGCCGCUCAAAUCCUCGCCUGUCUGGCGCAGUACGAAGUAUGCCGGCCGUACUUUGUGAAGCACCAGUCCCGCCUUUUGUCCUUCACCGUCAGCAGCUACGUAAGUGGAAGGAAAAACGUUGAUCAAACGGCGGGGAUUUAAAAUGACGAAACGAGUCAUCCGAUGUUUACACAGUAGGAACUGCACUUCUGAGCUGGUCCCGAACAGUAUUUCGCACUCUCAGCUGGCUUUUGAACAUUUAUUUCCCUUGAUUUUUUAUCGCUAGUAAGAAAGCCGAAAAAUUGGACUUUUUCCAACGGAAAAGUGCAUUCCUGCCAUAUGGUUGACCUUUUUGGUUUCUCAAAAAUGGAAAGAAGAGAGCGAAAACCAAUACGAAGUGUGAUUAUGAGUUGCACUUCCCAGUGAACUCUGAUUAGAAAGGGGAAAUCUGGUUUUAUUUGGUUUAGCACCCUAGUACGACGUUAAGGCGGAGUUUUGACCAAAUUUUUCUUUCGGAUUUUGCAUUAAAUCUGAUUAGAAUCGGCUUAGUAGCCUCUUUUUGUAAAUAGGUUGUCCUUUCCCGCCAUAAGGAGCCAUCCCCCUGAGGGUUCGGACGGAGCAUUCCGUGAUCGAAAGCUAUCAACGGAUCUCUGGAAAGGCCCCAUUUUUCCGCGUCUUUUCCCAAACCAAAGUGCAAAAUACAGUAGGAAGGGCGAAGCCCCAGUGAGCCUCAACGAGGUUUCGCUAGCUGGCUGUGUGUGUUUUUUUAGAGUUUUUUUCGGAAAUUCUUUCGUUUUUGCGGGCGCCGUCAAUAUUUUUUUUCGUAAAGUGCGCGGCAUUGCACUUUUGCUGGGCGGAGAGUACUGGUCCCUCGGAAGAAUUUAUUCCCAAUGUUAUUAGGGCGUUUAUGUCGACUCGGACUUGUUUUGGCAGUCUGAUGGUAUACUGUAGCCAUUUUUAGAGAUUUUUAUGGAACAGGUGAAAGUUGUGCAUUUUCGUGGGAAUUUGGUGAGAAAACUGUGGCCUGGAAAGUCUUAGAACAGCAUGAGCUCACUAUCAUGGAUUUAGAAAGGGUUCGAGAGACGUAGAGAGUAUAUUUUGCGUAUUAGUUUGGGCAAAAAUUUGGGAUUUUUGGAAAGAAGCCAAAAUAAUAGUAGUAGUAAAUUGUGAGUUGAUAUUGCCCAGAGCACUGAUUUGCGAACCAUGCUUUAUCUGUUUAAAUACUCGGUUUCCCAAAACAACGAGAAAUUUUUUAAAUUAAUUUACCUUAUUUUAGAUGGAUUCCCGAGUAGCUGGCAUGGUUGCCGGUAUCCUGUACGAUCUCCAACACAUUCCCAGUGACCUGCUGCUUGCCAAGGAAGUAUCGCCUCAGGAAACAAGCAAAAUGGCCGAGCGAUUCCCAUCGUUCAAGUGGAAGGUCAGCGACGAUGCCGAAGAUCCGCCGGAGCCAUUCCUGAAUGUCACCUUACCACCUCCAACUAACCCGUUCCAUGUUGAAGCUCAAAAGGGCCUUCCGAAGGUGUCCAUUUCUCCUGAUUCGAGGUCCAUGUCACCGAGCAAGACCAAUGGGAAUUUGGAAGGUAAGGAUAAUAUAAAAUCAUGUCGGAAAGUGAUCAAAUCCUAUUUUAACUUGAUUUUUGGGAAUAUUAGAGGCUUAAAGGUGAUAUAGCUUGACUUGGGAUAACAUAUUGGAUUGUAGUUGAUAUAAUUUAUAUUAUUUUAGUGAACGGAAACACCAAACACCGAAGAAAAAGGAGCCGCCAUUCGGAUGGCCGAGAGAUGACCGCUCUUGAGAGUGCCCUUCUCAACGACUCCGACGCCGAAUCCGGCCCUGAGUCGGACGGAGAAACAAGCCAGCCGGCCAGCGACACAAACUCACUCAACUCGCAGCCAAACUUCAAGUCGGCGUCGGAUGCGGUGAAGGAAAAGCUCCGCAACAACAUCAACAUGAAGCAUGGGCUCACAGAGAAUGGGCACGAAGAAGAGCCGGACCAGAAACGCCAAAGAAUCGGGAACGGGAUGAGCGCGGUCAGCCCCAAGUGUAACGGAGAUCUCAACAACAAGGUCAGGCCCAACAAAUCCGAAAAUGGCAACGGAACCCCAACCAAACAGAGCGGAUCCAUGGCGGCGGUGGCCUAG